GUCCUCCCCGCCCUCCACCACGCCCUCUCGGGGUCGACCGGCACCGUCAUUGCAACAUGCACUCUGUACCCUCUGUCGCUAGUCAUCGCUCGCUUGCAAGUGCAGCGCCAGCUCCUGACAGACGCAUCUGCGGCCACCGGAACCGAGUACGCCGGCAUCCUCGACGCCUUUUCGCGGAUCUAUGGCGACGAGGGCGGUCUGAGAGCGCUCUACUCUGGCCUGAGUCAGGAUGCGGCCAAAUCCUUCUUGGACUCUUUCCUAUUCUUUAUGUUCUAUGAGUGGUUCCGCGGCGCCGCUACCGCGCGGAGAAGGAGGAUCCGUGGUGCCAACCACGCCAAGCAAGGACUCGGAGUGCUCGAGGACCUAGCCGUCGGUAUGGCAGCUGGUGCUGUCUCGAGGGCCUUCACCACGCCCAUUGCUAAUGUCGUCACCCGCAAGCAAACUGCCUCGCUCCUGGAAGACGACGAGAAUGGCAUCUCCGCGAGCGACAAGAGUGUCAUGCAGAUAUUAAAGGAUAUCCGCCAGGAGAAAGGGCUGACGGGUCUUUGGGGCGGAUACUCGGCGACGCUCCUCCUCACCCUGAACCCGGCGCUCACCUUCUUCCUGCAGGACUUUCUCAAGAAGACCCUCUUGGGAUCCGACAGGUGGGACGAUCCCGGCCCGCAGCUCACCUUUCUGCUGGCUGCCAGCAGUAAGGCAGCAGCGAGCGCGAUCACAUACCCAUUCCAGAUCGCGAAGACGAGGCUCCAAGCAGGUGUUCCUCUCGAAUCCCAAGACAGUGCCGAAGACGAAGAGCAAGCACUGCUGAAGUCCAUUUUCGGCACGAUCGCACAGAUUGUGCAUGCGGAGGGCGUCGGGGCUCUGUACGAUGGUAUCCAGGGCGAGCUGCUCAAGGGGUUCUUCAGCCACGGGACCACCAUGCUCGCAAAGGACGUCAUACACAAGUUGUUGUUCAAACUGUACUUGUUCACCGCGAGUCUGCUCGCCGAGUGGAGAGCU